AUGGCUGCCGUCGAAGCGAGCUCAGACGAAAAGGCGCGUUAUAAUCAGGCAAAGAAGGAGCUUCUAGCGGCUCUGGCCAAGAAGCGGCAAUUGGAUAAGCAAUUGGCACAGCUCGAGGUGCACAUCUACGAGGUCGAGGGACAGUAUCUCCUCGAGACAUCUAGUCACUCGGGCGGAAAUAUAAUCCACGGGUUUGACGGGUACCUGAAGAACCAAGUCACGAAGAAGCGCUACGAGAUCCAAGACCACGACCGGCUAUUCUCCACCAGUUCCCUCACCUACGCCAAGUCCUUGGAUCUCAGCGAGCAGGGGGACGAGUCGGCUACCACCACCAACGACGAUUACCGCGCGCUCACCACCGUCGUGCUUCCUUCCGCUACCCUGACGAUGACGGUCCCCGACGCAAGCGAGCGCGAUACGAAGAUUAGCGCCUGCUCGCCUUCAAAUGUAAAUUGUAUUGUCUAG